AUGAACAUAGCCCGGAGACGGAGUGCGUUGGUGGUGUUGGGCUUGCUGGUCGGUUCGGCCUACAGCAGCUGCCUCGGCGGAGGCUGUGGGGGAGGAUCCUCUGGUGGCAUCAGUCGUUCCUACGAAGGACCCACUAAUAGCUUCGGAGGUUCUGGAGGAGGAGGCGGGUCCUUCGGAGGAGGAUCCUUCGGGGGAGGAUCCUUCGGAGGAGGAUCUUUCGGGGGAGGAUCCUUUGGAGGAGGUUCUGGAGGUGGCGGUGGAGGAGGAAUAAGUACCAGUUAUGGAGGACCAACCAAUAACUUCGGUGGAGGAGGAGGUGGCGGUGGGUCCUUUGGGGGAGGUGGAUCCUUCGGAGGAGGAUCUUUCGGAGGUGGUGGCGGAUCCUUCGGUGGCGGGUCCUCUGGAGGAGUAAGUACAAGUUACAGCGGACCAAGUAAUAGCUUUGGAGGAGGAGGUGGCGGCGGAUCCUUCGGAAGUGGCGGGGGAUCCUUUGGCGGAGGCGGCGGUGGCUUCGGCGGCGGAGGAGGAUCCUUUGGCGGGGGAGUGAGCAACACUUACAGUGGCCCAAGCAAUACCUUCGGAGGCUCUGGCGGAGGCGGUGGAGGAGGUUCGAAGGAUCCUCCCCCGAAGGACCCGCCUCCUCCAGAAGCUAUUAGUGGGUCCUCCGUAGGAACGGCUGAUGCCACCGGAGGAUCCUCCACCACAGACUCCGCCGAGGAAGCUGCUGUGGUACCGAGCCGACGUGCAAGCCCAGCACCAACACACUCCGUCUCUGAAGGCAACAGGAGACGGAAUGUGUUGGUGGUGUUGGGCUUGCUCGUCGGUUCGGCCUACAGCAACUGCCUCGGCGGAGGCUGUGGGGGAGGAUCAUCUGGUGGAAUCAGCCGUUCCUACGGAGGACCCACUAAUAGCUUCGGAGGAGGGGGCGGUGGGUCCUUUGGGAGAGGUGGAUCCUUCGGAGGAGGAUCUUUCGGAGGUGGUGGCGGAUCCUUCGGUGGCGGGUCCUCUGGAGGAGUAAGUACAAGUUACAGCGGACCAAGGACCAGCUUCGGAGAAGGUUGCCGUGGAUCUGUCGGAGGGGGCAGAGGAUCCUUCGGUAGAGGGUCCACCGGCAGAGGAUCCUUCGGCAGAGGGUCCUUUGGGGGAGGUGGAUCCUUCGGAGGUGGUGGCGGAUCCUUCGGUGGCGGGUCCUCUGGAGGAGUAAGUACAAGUUACAGCGGACCAAGGGCCAGCUUCGGAGGAGGUGGCCGUGGAUCUGUCGGAGGGGGCAGAGGAUCCUUCGGCAGUGGAUCCUUCGGAGGAGGAUCGUUCGGAGGAGGCGGCGGUCGCUUCGGUGGCGGAUCUUCUGGCGGAAGGGGCGGUGGUUUCGGCGGCGGAGGAGGAUCCUUUGGCGGGGGAGUGAGCAACACUUACAGUGGCCCAAGCAAUAACUUCAGAGGCUCUGGCGGAGGCGGUGGAGGAGGGCCAGCAGCAUUUUUAGCAAAGGAAACCACCAAAUCACUAGCCUCCUCACAUGUACCAUCAUCAGAGGCAUAUUUGUCACUAACUGGCAUAGACGCUUAA